AUGUUGCUCAGAUUUGUUCAUCGGGAGUGCGACCGAUCGGACGUGAAUUCGUCGGAGUUCGUUUGUGCAUCAUGCCGUCGAUCACCGUUAGUAGGUGACAUCAUGCUAUCUGCUGCAAUUGGUCCAGCUUCGCCGCUUGGAGCUGAGUCCGAUUCUAUAGCUGCUCCAUCAUCAGCAUCUGUAUCUGACAUGACGCUGAAUCCAUUCCGGUCAAGUUCUCCGGUCACAUCCGCCUCUGUCGUACCAGAUUUUAAUGUCGAUGUGUACAACAUGUCUGAGGGCAUCUCGUCACCUGCAACAACUAGCGACUCCGCCCGAAAUUCGCCGUUCUAUCCGGAGAACUCGCCAUCGGACGUAGAUGAAGAUUUUGUUCCUGGGAGUUCUCGUGGUGGUUAUACAUCGCGUGGACGAGGAGGUGCCAAAAAGAAGCCUGGUCGAGGGAGUUCCAAAACUAGAGGCGUCAAGCCGUUAGGUGGUGAUCCGAACGUUUUCGCGCCACCAACUCGGGGAAAACGCGGUAAACGUGGCUCGAAAGUGAAUGGAAUCGGAAAGGCACCUGGCACUGGAAGAGGUCGAGGACGGGGGCGGUGCGUUUUAUCUUUCAACACCUGGGUUUUAUGAAU